AUGUGGAAGCGGCCACUUCGCGACGUGGUGUUGCGCUGCCAUGUGGGCAACUUGCGUUUAUCCGGAGUAAUGACGCGCCAUGUAGUGGAAGAAGUGGCGCGGAGGUGGCAACUUCUACUAUCUUCUGAAGGAACGAAGCUCUGGGGUGAGUAUAUGGCAGGUACAGCCAUGCUCAGCUCGUUUUUUAAAGGUGAAGAACGCGUCAAGAUGAUGGUCAAGACGCCCAAUAUACAAGAGCUUUACGUAGAAUCAAUGGCUGUUGGAGAAGUACGAGGUAAAGCCGUCUAUGUGGAUCAUUCUCUUGCUGGAGCACCGGAAACUGGAGGAUUUAUGCAUGUCUCGAAGAUUCUGUACGGAGCGGCGAAGCCGUACAAUACAUCGAUUGAGGCAUCUGGAGUGCCUGAACUGGACUGGCAAAGGUUCUUUGACGUGUCGGAGCAGGUCCCAACCAUUGUGCGCAUUGAUAGCGAAGCUGACCAUGAUCAUACUCGUAUUUGUGGCUUUAUCGUCCAGAAAAUGCCCCCAACAGAAGCACAUGAGCGCCAGUACGAGCUCGAGGAAUUGGCGUUGAACAAGCUUCCAUUCUUAGCUGCUGAGAUGAAGAAAAACACAGACUUGCUAGAGUACUUGAACGAACUGAUUCCAGGUGCUGAUAUUACCGAUAAGAAGUGCAAGCGAGUGCCAUUGGAUUACUACUGCCGCUGCUCUAAGGACAACUAUGCACAGCGUCUCAAGGAUAUGGGCAUCACUGAUCUGAAACAGAUUGCUGCAGACGUCGGAAAUGCUGGCGUCGAGCUCACUUGUCAUUUUUGCAAUGACGGACACCACUUUACUGCUGUCGAUUUGGAAUGUCUGAUCCAAUCGCUGUCCAAGUCUUAA